UGUCGCUCAAGUGCACGCCCGUGGUCAAGAGUUGGCAUCUACUUCAAGGCUUCCUGCUGGCCCGGUUUUGUCGUCUGGUGCACAGCUGUCGCUUCAACAGCUGCCACAUACUCCGCCAGCUGCAGGUUUGGCUGCACCAGGUAUGUUUUUUGCCUUUGGCUCAUACGCAACCUGCUGCUUUCGUUGUUGGCCCUGGGUUUCUCCCGGUCCCUGGUAAGACGGUGACGAACAUUAUUUCUGGUCAAUAUAUUGACUUGGCCACACUGUUACCAAAACCGUCUGACAUGCGGUCUCUUUCGCCCUUAAUUUACAUUGAUGGACAGGUAGUGGUCUCUCAAGCUUCCAAGCCGGCCCGGCGCCUGACCGAUAUUUCUCAGUGGCUGCAGACGUUUGCCCUAUACAUGCUUAUUAUGGUUGCAUAUUUGCCCAGCCGCGCUGCUGACUUGAUUCGUUACCAGCUUCUCAUUUUACGUAUGUAUACUCAGUUCGGCGGCUUAGCUCGGUACAUUUACGACGAAGCUUUUCGCCGUGACGCCGCAGCACGCCAUGUAGUUGACUGGUCCGGGAUGCAUGUCGAAUUAUACAAUUUUCACACCCUGCCUUUGUUAGCCUGAGCGUUAUCGUGUACGUACCUGCUUGGUCCGAUAUUAUAUAGUUGUUUUUGCUAGCAUUGUUUACCUGGUAAAGGCACUGUUUGUUGCGCAGGGCACUGCUUGUGCCCUGCCAUUGUUAGCGUUAUCAUGUACGUACCUGCUUGGUACAGUUUAUCUUGUGCUAGCAUCGUUUACCUGAUAGGCACGGCGUGUUGCACGAAGCACUGCUUGUGUCCUCCCCUUGUUAGCUUAUAGUGUACCUGCUUGGUACAGUAUUGGUCCUGCCAUUGUUAGCUUUAUCAUGUACGUACCUGCUUGGUACGAUUUUUUGUUUUGUUUUGCUUGCAUUGUUUAACUUCUACAGGCACUGUGGUUGCACAGGGCACUGCUUGUGCCCUGCCCUUGUUAGCUUAUCGUGUACGUACCUGCUUGGUACAGUUUAUCUUGUGCUAGCAUCGUUUACCUGAUAGACACUGCUUGUUGCACGAGGCACUAUGUGUGUCCUGUCCUUGUUAGCUUAUAGUGUACCUGCUUGGUACGGUAUAUCGUUGCAUGCGUGUAUAGAUUGUCAAAAUGUCAUUACUUAGCUCAAAUGUGUGUCGGUGUUAUUUAUUUAUUUUUUUUCUUCUGUGCGGUACUGGUCCCCCUAGCGUUUUAUUGUUUCUUUGUUUUAGCUCGUCCAACGCUUGGCCUCAAUACUCCGGUUGCUGCCGUAACCCCGCUAGUCCUCGAGGAGUUUACUCGGGAAUUAGCUGCCUAUCCCCUGUCCAAAAGGCGCUAUGUCUUAGACGGGAUUCGGCUGGGCUUUCGUGUAGGUUGGGAGCCUGAUCGGGUAUCUUUGCGUUCUCGGACGUCUAAUAUGCGCUCUGCCUCUGACCAUCCAGACGUCGUGGAUGCUUACCUGUCCUCAGAGUUAGCGGCCAGACGCGUGGCAGGCCCGUUUACCAACCUUCCGGUUCCGCUCCUUCAUGUCAGCCCCUUUGGUGUCAUCCCCAAGAAUCACCAGCUUGGCAAGUGGCGCCUUAUCCUAGAUCUGUCCUCGCCGGCUGGUCACAGUGUCAAUGACGGUAUCCCCAAGGAUCCUUACUCGUUGCAUUAUGUGAAGGUUGACGACGCCAUUCGUGCUUUGGUCGAUCUCGGCCCCGGGACGCUGAUGGCAAAGUUCGACGUCAAAGCAGCUUACCGUAAUAUCCCGAUACACCCUGAUGAUCGUUACCUCUUAGGUAUGAAAUGGCGUGAUCGUUUCUACGUUGAUCUCGUGUUGCCAUUUGGUUUGCAGGUCGGCCCCGUUUAUCUUCAAUUCGGUUGCUGAGGCCGUGGAAUGGAUCUUGGUGCAUAAUUAUGCUGUCAGCCCGCUGUUCCAUUAUUUGGACGAUUUCUUAACCAUCAAUUCGUCCAUUUGUCAAUCCCAUAUGGAUAACGUUUUUACCGUGUUUGCCCGCUUGGGUCUCCCUUUGCAUUUGCAAAAGUGCGAGGGCCCGUCCACUGUUUUGGUGUUUCUCGGUAUCGAGUUGGGUUCCGUACAGCAGUUAGCUCGUUUGCCCCGUGACAAGGUCGAUCGCAUCCUGCGGCUUCUCCAGUCGUGGUCUCGUAAGAAAACGUGUACGCGUCGUGACCUGGAGUCCUUGAUUGGCUUCCUUCAUCAUGCCUGACGAGUUGUGGUCCCUGGUCGUACCUUUCUUCG